AAAUAUACUAUAGUUGAAAUUCAACAGGAAAGUUGUGUUUUUCUUAAUUACGAACAUCCGUGACAGGACUUAGGAUUAGUUCAAUGGCUCUUAAACCAGAAAGAAGAAAUGAGACUCACAGAAUGAAGAAGCACUUUUAGGAUCUUCUCAAGUUCGCCACCAUGUUGUCAGUGAUGGAGUCAGAGUCUUAGGCAAGUCCAUCGCAACAGCAGUAGUUGAAAAAACAUCUCCAGCAGCAGGGGUAGAUGAGAUCCAACCUAAAAUGCCAAAGGUUCUGGAUAUUGUGGGUCUGUCAUGGUUGACGUCCUUCUUCAGUGUUUGUGGAGGACAACACCUAUAGUCAAGGGCGGCCGCAGAGGAUGUUCAGGAAGGACUGUGGUUCUCAAAGGAGACUUUGAUCGAUUCUGGAUCAAAGUCAGAAUUAGGAUUAGGAGGAGCACUGUGGUUUUUAUUGUUUUGUUUUAUUAUUAUUUUGCGGGUCUGCAGACUGCUUGCAGCCACAUCUCUUAAGGUACGGUAAUUGACGGGGGGAAAUCCAGUUCUUCUACAAAGAAAAACAAGAGCUGUGUCCACAUUUUGGCACAGAGUCAAGUUUGCUCAGAGUGCAGAGUGGUCUCAAGGGGGGGGGGGGGGCACUUGCCUCGGAUCCUGUUGUAGUGUUGAUGGACAGUGUUCAUGGCAUAAUCCUGGAAAGAAGAACCUCAGAGUGUCAUUUUGCAUUUUGCAGAUAAUAUGGUUCCUUUGGGGUCUUCAAGCCAUGACCUUCGGCAUCUGCUGGAGUGUUGUACAGACCGGUGUGAAGACGCUGGGACAAGAAGGAGCUCCAUUAAGUCUGAACCCAUGGCUCUCGGCUGAAGAAAGGUGGCCUGUCUCUCUCUGUUUCUUCUUCAAGAGGAUAAAAUGAAGUUUCCUGGUGUCAUGUUCACAUGAGCUGGGAUGAUGAAGAUGGAUAAACAGAACAUGGCCACGCCCGCAGUGAUGUGGCAGUUGCUCCAGUUUGUUGAGCUGAAGAAAGAUCUGAAUAAAACUAAAUAAAUAAAGCUCUCAGUUUUAACUGCAGGUCUAAGUUUUGAACCUUCCCUCUGAUCCUGAACUACGGAUUGUGGCGAGAAUAAGAUCCAGCACACAAGCAACAGUAGUGAGAUUCCUCUCUUGGGUAGCUGGGCUCUGCCUCACAGAUAGGAGCAGGAGCUUUGCUGUUUCUGGGGUUGAAAGGAUCUGCAACCAUCUGAUGGAUGGAUGUGAAAAAGGAAAGAAAAACUAACAUAUCUCUUAGCUUCUAUUGAUAAGUAGUAUAAUUUUUUUCAUCCAAUAUAAUUUCACGGACAUCUUGGUUUACACCUGAGCUGCGUUUUGAGCAGUGAGAGCCCAGGUGGAACCUUAUCAAACAAAGCUGAUAACCUGUGCUGCAAUAAAAGAAGCAGUAGAACUGAUCUAUUCCAUUUAAUGAUCUUUUGCAAGUUGUCCAUAACAAUUUAAGUGGGCUGGGGGCAAGUAGUGUUUGAUUAACUGCACUGCUCGGUGCAUGGACGUAUUGCAACAGUGUGCAGGGAAAUAACCCAAAUUUACAACCAGACAUUUCAGUUAUUAGCUGCAGAUGUAAUAUCCUGAUAUUAUCGCACACAGCGAGAGUUGAUAAACUGAGCGUUGAAGCCUAUGCAAGAGUAAUUACCUCAUUAAAACAAGAAUUGGAAGGAAGGAAGCUGUAAUUCACUGCUGAUAGUGGAUCAGGCAGUUCACGCCCAUCUCUCCAACAUCAUUCCAGUAUAGCUUAGAGGCUAAAUAUUGCAUAAGAGUCUGUAAAUGAAUUCAAACUGAACUGGAAAUGGAUUAUUUUUGUUGUGUUUGCUCUUUUUGUGAAUUGGCAAUAUACUGUAUUAUUUAAGUGAAGCCACAGUGAGCUAAGCUGAUUUGUUUUUGUUGCCUGUCGGUGCCUUGUCUUAACUUUGUGUGCUUCAUGGUCAUGUUUCCCUUCUGUUCACACCUUGCCUUCUCUCCCUCCCAUCCCUCUGUUCUCAUUUAGUUCUCUCCCACCAGCUGUUCUUGCUUUUCUCUCCAUCAUCUCAGGUGUGAUGGCAACGUCGGCAAGCUGAGCGCUGACGUGAGCUCGGGGGAGCAGCAGAUGAUUAGAUUGCUGGAGGAAAUGGCAGAACUCAAAAUAGGUGUUGAAGCGCACUGCUUCGAGAACUUUAGUCCAAGGUGGGAGGAAAGAAAAAUGCAUGCUGAGUUUGGUGGAUUUGACGUAAAGCAGCAGGUUAAUAAAAACACCUGCAGCUACAGUGACAAAAACUAUUGAGCGAGGUCUGUAAGCAACUAAAGCUAUAUGUGCUUUGACAUAUUUCAGUGUAUAGUUUUAUAUAUACACUUAUGUAUCCUAAUUAUUUGCAACAUGCAAUUGUAGCAAUGUCACUGUAGCCCAAUUCUGAGUCCUAACAGCAGCUGUGAUGCCCUUGAAACAGCUGUGCAUGUCAUUUUGCUCCAAACCAGAGCAUCACUGCAAUUUUACACUUGACUGUAAUUCAUUUUUUUUUUUUUUUUUCAGAUAAGAUCAUUUUCAAUGCUUCAUAACCUCCCUUGCAUAAACAGCGCAUGGGCAUACUUGAUUUGUUACCUCUCUGAACUGGUGAGGCUGCUGCUGUUUCAAUUAGCAUCACCAGCAGAUCCGUUUUUAAUGUGUUUAUCUUAUUAACAUCAUCUGACCGGAUUAUUGCUGCAGAUAUGUUGACUUGCUGCCAUUUAGCUCAGAGCAACACUUUGCCUAAGUACAGCCCUCAAGACACUGUUUGAGUGGCAGUUCAGUGUGAGUCAUGCAUUAGCCACAUAACAAGCUGACCCCUUCCCGAACACAUGCGGCAACAAGGCUUUCUAGUUCACACGACUCCACUGGUUAGCAUCAUCUCUGACCAGCGUAAUGUUUGGUCACCUCUAGACCAGAGCAUGUCGGCUUUACACUGAAGCUAAUUUAAGUUUUGUUUUGUUUUGUUUUACCUGUUAGUUGACUUCUGGUAAAAACCUGAAUUUGAACACUUGUGUUGGGUUAUUAAAUCAUAAUACCUGUGGUGAUCAUCAACUAAGUGUGAAGGAAGAAGAUGGCUUAUGAAGCAGAGAACAAAAUCUCAAACAAUUUGAACAAUAAAAUGUUAAAAAUGUUUUUUUUUUUUUUUUUUUACUUUACUCUUCAUAUCCCGCUGAUUCUAUAUGAGUCGCCAUGUCUGUCUGGUUCAACGUACAAAUAUUCUCAGUGUACAAAACGCCUGAGCCUGAGUAUAAUCAUUGAGCUCAAAGUGAUUUAUGCUUGUUGUAUAAAUGAAAUGUCAUUAGGUGUUUGCAUCUAGUGCUGGAUUGUCCAGGGGGAAACCACAAUGUGACAGGAUGCAAAAUAUGGGAUUGGUUUCAGUCAUUUAUCCUGGAGAAGAUGUCUUAUCAGCUACACAACAGAGCCUGGACAAAUGCAGUCAGGCAUGACAAAGUCCUCCUAAAUAGCUUUCGUACGAUCCUUUUAUUUUUGAAGACCUAUAUCAGAAAAAGGGUCAAAUCCAGGAUUAAGAUCCAUAAUGUGCGUCAUGUCCUAAUGUUUCCCAUCACUUUAAUGAAUCUGAAGGCCAGUGCAGCAGCCUCCUCACGCACUCCCACAAUGAUUCAGUCAACACUCAGAUCAUUCCACAGGGUGGCACAUCUCUGUGAUGACAGCACAUUAACUCUUGACCAAUGGUCACCCAUGUGCCAUAAAAUAAAUGAAAAUACAGAGAAAGUGGGUCACUGCCAUUACUCCUUGCUCUAACUGACCACAGGGAUGCUACAGGGGCGUGCUUAGCCUGACUCAGCAGAAAAUAAAAACAAUUAAGGUCCUCUCUGAUAUUAGACCCUGCACAUUUUCAAACUGCGGUGUAGGGACAUGGCUGAAACCCACGGUUUCAUUCAGCGUUGUGAUUAGGUGAAUCAUGCUUUCUGCAGGGACAGGUGGGAUAGUUUCAGACGGAUGAUCCAGGCCCGCUGUGGCCAAUCAGAUGGGCUGAACUGCAUCAGGAUCUGCAGCUGCUCAAACAGGCAUAAAACAAAGGUCACAAUGUCAGUUCAGUUCUCUGGAUGGGAGGUGGUGGACGAUGGUGCCUGCUUUCCUGGUGUGACGCUGGCGCCCGCACAGAAGCCUCAGAACAAGGGCAUCUACAAAAUGUUUCAUGGAACCAGCAUUGCCAGUGCACGGGCCAUCAUUGCUGGUGGAUUCCAGCCGUCGUCCAGUGGCAUGCUGGGAAAGGGCGUGUACAUGAGCAGGGAUGUGAAGAAGGCCUCUAACUAUCCCCUUCUCAGUAACUCUAGUGACCGUGUGAUUUUUGAGCUGCGUGUUCGUGUAGGCCGUGUCAAGCGUAUUGACAAGGACAACCAUCCUUUGCAGUACACCUGGAGCAGCCAUGGCUACCACACCGCUUGGGUACCCCCCAACUGUGGUAUGAAAUCUGUGCCCAGCGGCCUGGAGGAGGACUGUGUGUUUGACCCUAAAAGGGUGACAGUUGUGGGCAUCGCAAAAGCACCAACCACCGCAAUAGAAAAGGAGCUUCAGCAGCUUCUCGACAAAUCGUCUAAACAACCCAAGGGAAGAGCUGGUCAGCAUAAAGAUGUUUGUCCCCUGUGCAAGAGGAAGACCCAGCAAGGAGCUCAUCACAUCAAGCAGAAGUGCUGGAAGUGUGGUCAAGACAUCUGCAUUCUCACGUCCAAGCACUUCUGUCAAAGGAAACCGAUGUCACUGCAGUUCUUUGGCUGGGAGGUGACCUAUGACGAUGACUCUCCUCGUCUGGAGCUGGGGGCCUCGCAAGAACCCAAAGACCGGGGCGUCUACACCAUGUACCACGGCACCACUGUUGCCAAUGCGCGUCUCAUCAUUGCCAAUGGCUUUAAGCAGUCAACCAAGGGCAUGCUGGGGAACGGUGUGUAUGUAAGUCGUGACAGAAAGAAGGCAGAACGUUAUCCUCUUAACAUUAACGCUGCAGAUCGCGUGGUGCUGAAGCUGCACGUGCGCGUUGGCCACGUCAAACGCAUAGACAAGGACAACCAUCCAAUGCAGUACACCUGGAGCACGCAAGGCUACGACACAGCUUGGGUACCCCCCAACUGUGGCAUGAAAGCUGUGCCCAGCGGCCUGGAGGAGGACUGUGUGUUUGACCCAAGCAGAAUAACGGUCGUGGACAUUGCUCAGGCUCCAAACACAGACCUGGAGCCACUUAAACAGCUUGUCGCCAACAGUCUCAUAAAGCCCAAAGUUGCAGCUGGCAGUGGGGCUGCUGCAGCUGAUUGUUCACUGUGCAACAGGAAACUACAGCAGAAUUCUGCACAUGUCAAACAAACGUGCUGGGGAUGUGGGCAAAACAUUUGCACACUAAUGACCAAACAUGUCUGUACAGUCAGGAUUUAAGAGGAACUUAAAUCUGAUGGGGUCAAUUCACUUAAUCCAGUGAAGUGCCGGGAAACAAACUGAAUGUAACUUAGGACAAUAGACGUUUCUCAGGAUACCAAUGUUCUUUGGAAACAGCCUGGUUUCUUCUUUUUCUUCCACAAAGAACUGUGAUGUGCCGUAAUGUGCAUCAACUUAAGCCAAACUUUAUGAUAAUUUUACCGCUAUGUUUUAUUAUAUAUGAAAUAGCUUUAAUAGGAUCAUGUGUUGGUGUCAACAGAAGACAAUCUACGAUGAGCAAAAUGUCUUUAUUUCAUAAUUGCAUGUUGUUUGGACUUUACUUAAAAAAAACUGACUUCAUAGCCAUAAUGCAAAAAAAAUCAAAUAAAUGAAAUAAAAUAAUGCAAAUGAAUCAAUAAUUUUGAUUUCAGAUUCAUCAUGCCUUGCAUUCUUCUUCUUCUUCUUCUUCUUUUUACAUUUGUCAGCAACAUCCAAAAAAGGUUCAGUUGGUGCUACUGGAGCCUCACUUAGGUUUUCUGCUAAUUGCAUUACAUGCAAAGCGAUGCAGAUGCAAAAUUCAUGAUGAGGAAGAUGUUAGUUCU